AUGGUUCUAUGGGAGGAACAGGGCUGUAAGCUGGCUCUGCACCGGGCGGGCCAGUCCAAACAGGGUGUGGCUGGUGUGCACAGAGCGGGGCCGGCCCGUGGCGAGGCGGCGCCGGGACUCUGCCCAGCCCGGAGCGGGAGCGGAGCUCGGCCGGGCCGGGCCCGCUGGAGAAGCCCCGCCCGCCGGCCCGGGGGGGCCAUGGCCGAGCGGGCCGCUGCCCAGGCUCCAGAAUGGGACACAGAGUCAUGGUGGCCAAUGCCUUUGCAGCCACCUGCUGUCCCUGAAGAAACUUCCCUGAGAGAAACCCAGCUGCAAAGAGCAGAGAUUUCUUUGACUGUGGUGGCUGAAGUUCAAGCCGUAGAGAGGAAGAUGGAUUCUCAGGCUGCACAGUUGCUGAAUCUGGAUGGGAGAAUGGGGACGGCUGAGAAGAAACUAGUCGGCUGUGAGAAAACAAUGGUGGAGUUUGGGAACCAGCUGGAAAGUAAGUGGGCCGUGCUGGGAACUCUGAUUCAGGAGUACGGGCUGCUGCAGAGGAGGCUGGAGAACAUGGAGAACCUGCUGAAGAACAGGAACUUCUGGAUCCUGAGACUCCCCUUAGGCACUAAGGGAGAAGUCCCCAAGGGAUGGGAGAGUGCAGCCAAAUGGCAGAAGGAGCUUUGUGAGAACGUGAUGAAGGGGAACUUUGAGACUCUGAUCUCCAUGGACUCUGCAAUUUCCAAACCCAGCAUCCUGUCCUGGACUGAAGGAGAAGAGGAGCCAUGUACUGGGGAUGAGCCGGAGGAGACAGAAAUCCCCAUGGAGCCCAGCAUGGAUUCUCCAGUUCCUACACAUGAGAUUUCAUCCUGGAUUAAACAGGAGGACGAGUUGUGUAUCAAGGAUCAGCGGGACUCAGAGGAGAGAGAGAUCCCUGCAGAUCUUAGAAUGGCAGAUGUUGAGCUCAUGAUCAAAACAGAGGAGCAACAUCCUGAAGAAGGCCCUAGCAACCUAGAGCUAGCUGGGCCGUUGCCAGGCCGAGCAGAGGAGAGAGCUUUCCAAGGUGCUGAACAGGAAACAGCUGCUGGGAGUUCUGGCACUUCAAUCAGCUCUCCAGGUAACAACCUGGGGGAACUUACUCAGCAUGAAAGAGAACUCAGAACUGUUGCCGCCCAUCCCAGGGGCGAUGCAGGAAUAGCCCCCUAUGCAUGUGCCCAGUGUGGGAGGAACUUCACUCGAAAGGACAUUCUCCUGUCGCACGAAAGACUCCACACGGGUGAGAGGCCCUACAUGUGUGCUGACUGUGGGAAGAGCUUUAGGCUCAAGAUCAGCUUUGUGAAGCACCAGAGAUGCCACACCAAGGAGCGGCCCUAUCCAUGUAACGAAUGCCAGAAGAGCUUCAAGUGCCACUCAGCGCUCGUGCGGCACCAGAUGAUCCACAGGGGAGAGCGGCCGUAUAAAUGCGACCAGUGCAACAAAAGCUACAGCCGUAAGGAGCACCUCCAGAACCACCAGAGGCUGCACACCGGGGAGCGGCCCUUCCACUGUGCAACCUGCGGGAAGAGCUUCAGUCAAAAGUUCGUGCUCGUCUCACAUCAGCGGAUCCACACAGGGGAGUGGCCCUAUAAAUGCACGGAGUGCGGGAAAGGCUUCAGCGAGAAAUCCAAGCUGACCAGCCACUACAGGAUCCACACCGGCGAAAAGCCCUACAGCUGCGCCCAGUGUGGGAAGAGCUUCCGCCUUAAGGUGAGCUUCUUAAGGCACCAGACGAGCCAUGGCAGUGAGAAGCCCUAUCCAUGCACUCAGUGUGGCAAGAACUAUAGCUACCACUCAGGCCUCCUCCGGCACCAGCUGAUCCACGCGGGGCAACGGCCGCAUCAGUGCAACAAGUGCGGCAAAAGCUAUGCCGAGAAAUACCGCCUGCGGAAUCACCAGCGUGUCCACCUGGACGAAGGACCACAGCGGUGCGUCCCAUGCGGGAAGAGCGCCUCGGAGAAGCAGGACCUCCUGAGCCACCAGCAGAGCCAUGCCGAUGGAUGCCAUCAGCAUGCCAUGUGCGAACAAAGCAUCUGGCUCAUGGAGAGCAGCUUAAAGCACCAAAGAAACCACAGCAAAGAGAAGCCCUACGAAUGCAGUGACUGCGGGAAGAGCUUCAAGUGCCAGUCGGAACUCACCCGCCACCGGAGGGUCCACACGGGGGAGAAGCCUUACGAAUGCACCAAGUGCAACAAAAGCUACAGCCAGAAGUACCAUCUCCUCCAGCACCUGCGCGUUCACACGGGGGAGCGACCCCACCAGUGCAGUGACUGUGGGAAGAGCUUCAUCCGGAAGGAACAUCUCCUGAAACACCAGCGGAUCCACACCGGAGGGAGGCCUCAUGAGUGCAGCGAAUGCGGGAGAAGCUUCCAAUAUAAGCAGUUGCUGAAAGACCAUCAGAGGGUGCAUAGAGCGGAGCCAGAUCACCUGGAGGCUUCUCCCAGGACUGAAGCCUGGGUUCCUUACGUGGAGCGGCGGCCAAAGCGCUUGUCACACAGUUCGCAGGGGAAAGGCUUCUCGCCGGUGUGGAUGCGGAGGUGCUCGGUGAGGUGUGAUUGCUUGCGGAAGCUGCGGGCGCAGCGGCUGCAGGGGGUGGAGCGCCGGGUGAAGCGCUUGGGGCACAGAUGGCAAGGGAAGGGCUUCUCGCCGGUGUGCGUGCGCAGGUGGUCGCUGAGGUGGGAGCGCCGACGGAACCACCGGCCGCACAAGCCGCAGGGGAAGGGCUUCUCGCUGCUGGGCGCCCGCUGGCACCUGGCCAGGGCCUGCUGCCCGACCCGGCGCGGCUUUGGCAGGUCGUUCUGCCAGGCUGGCUCCCUGGGGCGCUCGGCGUGCCUCCGGGGCCGCUCCUUGGCAUGGAUCUCCUGGUGCUUGUUGAGGGUGGAGCGCCGGCUGAAGCGCUGGGGGCAGAGGCUGCACCGGAAGGGCUUCUCGCCCGUGUGCGUGCGCAGGUGCUCGUUGAGGUGCGAGCGCCGCCGGAAGCCCUUGCUACAGCGGUUGCAGCGUCUUGCAGAUGACAACACUCUGCUCUUCGCUGCCGUUGGAUGGAUCCGCUCCCACACGAGUCCUCUGGCAGCCGGCGGCGCCCAGCCAUGGGCUGUAGCUUUCAUCAUAUUUGGUGCAUGGAGGCACCUCUGCCUCUUCUCUGGGGGCGCUCUGGUACUGCUGAGCACUGAAACCCAUUCCAUAGCCACCAUCUCCUUCAAUCUCUUCCUUCGCACGGCAGCGAGCCUCCUGCGGGGCGGGGCUGUCGGCCUGGUGCUGCCAUCGCAAACUGCCGUCACACUGCGAAGGAGGAAUUUCCACCUCCCCGAAGGGCUCUGUCUUGCACUUAAUGAGGACAUCGGGAGCUUUACCAGCGACAUCGCCAAGAGCAGUCUGGGGGGCCAUGUGCAGCUGACCACCCAAAGACCAAUUAAAAAUUUCAGCUUCCUGCUUCUGCCUCUUGAAAUGGCUGCCCCGGUGGGGACUGUCCCGGUGACAUUUGGUGAUGUCUCGGUGCACUUCUCCCGAGAGCAGCGGAAGGAGCUGUACCGGGAGGUGAUGAAGUACAACUAUGGAAUUCUGGUCUCGCUGGCUCCACCCCGAGGAGUUCUGGGAGCAAGAUCACUUCCUGGCUUGCUCCACUUCCCUUCUCAGGCUGCAGUCGCAGGGCUGGAGCAGAAGCAGCGCGUGAGACGCGGAGCUACCGCAGCAAGCGCUGGCCAGGGCCCCGGACUGCAGGGGGGAUUUUUCCGGCUGUUGCAGCGCAAGGAUCCGAUCGACAUGCAGGGAGGAGAAGCUGAAGAGAACAUGCCAGCCGGGGCCACUCUGCAGGUCCCGGUGACAUUUGAGGACAUUGCCAUCUAUUUCUCCCGGGAGGAGUGGGAGAUGCUGGCAGAGUGGCAGAAGGAGCUGUACCGGGAUGUGAUGAAGGAACAUUAUGACAAUCUGAAUUCCCUGGGCCAUGCAGACACCAAGCCUGACGUUUUAUCCCGGAUCGAACAAGGGGAAGAGCCAUGGGUCGUGGAUCAGCAGGAGGAAAGAGAGAGGCUGGAAUGCACCUCACUGGAGGAUGCAGGCCUGAGCAGAACUGAGGAGCAGCAGCAGGAGGAAGGGCCUGAGAACUUGGAGCCACAAAGGACUUUACCGAGUGGGUCAGAAGAGAGAGUUUUCCAGAGUCCAGAGCAGGAAGAAACUUGCCAAAGGCAGUGCAGGUCGCUGAGGCUGCAGGAGAUCUCGGAGAGGAGUGAGCCAGAUACCCCAAGGGACUGUGAAAGGGGUGACCAGGAACCUCCGAGGCUCCCUGCGCAGGAGAGACCGAAGAUGAGCCAGAGCCCACCUACGUGUCACAUAUGUGAAGUGAGCUUCAAAGGAGAGAGAGACCUUAGCAGACACAAGCACAGCGUCCACGAGAUAAAGGAUCCACGCAAGUGCCAAGUGUGUGGGAGGUGCUUCCGGCUACAGCAGGACCUCAAGAGGCACCAGAGGAUCCACACAGGGGAAAAGCCCUACCUCUGCCUUUACUGUGGGAAGAGGUUCAGCCAGACUGCCAAUCUCUGCACCCACAAGAAGAUGCACAGAGGGGAGCGACCGUACCCCUGCACCACCUGUGGCAAGAGCUUCCGGCAGAAGCAGCAGCUGGUGUCGCACAGCCGGAUCCACACGGGAGAGCGGCCCUUCCCCUGCACGCAGUGCUCCAAGAACUUCCGCUGGAAGCAGGCGCUCAGGGUCCACCAGAAAACCCAUGUGGGAGAGGGAGGCUCUGAGGGGAGCCAGGCCAAAGGGCGGGUCUUCCCCUGCCCCAAGUGCAAGGAUGUCUUCGCUCACAGGCACGACCUCCAAGAGCACCGGCGAGAGCACGCCACCAGUGAGCGGCCCUACCAGUGUGCCGACUGUGGGAGGUACUUCAGACAGCGGCAGCAGCUGAUUCCGCACCGCCGGAUCCACACCGGGGAGCGACCCUACAGCUGCCCUCUCUGUGGGAAGAGCUUCCGGCGCAGGCAGGAGCUGACCACACACCAGAGAAUCCACAGGGAUGAGAGGCCCUUCCGCUGCCCCGAGUGCCCAUUCAGCUUCAGGGAGAAGCAGAAGCUGAAGAGACACCAGAGAAUCCACACGGGCGAGAGGCCCUAUGCCUGCCCAGAGUGUGAGAAAUGCUUCCGGCAGAAGCAGCAGAUGAUGUCUCACCUCCGGAUCCAUACGGAUGAGCGGCCCUACACCUGCUCAGAGUGCGGGAAACGCUUCCGGCGGAAAGACUCCCUCGCCAAACACCAGAGAACCCACCAAAGGGCCCAGACAUAGGGCUCAUCUACUCUACCACUUAGGUCAAUGUAACGUACAUUGCCCAGGGACAUGAAAAGUCCCCCCCCCUCCCCUCCCGAGCAACACAAGUUACAUCAAUUUAAAGCACUGUCAACACCCUGCUAUGUCGGUGGGAGACACUUUCCUGCCAACAUAGUCCCUCCUCUCAUUGAGGUGGAGUAAUUAUGCUGACAGGCAAGUGCUGUCCCAUUACACAGUGCAUCUUCGCCAUACGCACAACAGCAGCGCUGCUGCAUCUGUGCAUGGUAGUGUAGACUAGACCAUAGUGUGACAAAGUUCCUCCUCUACCUUGGUGGGUUCUGCACUUAUUGGCAGAUUUGCUCACUUCAGUGAUCU